CAGCCAUCGGAGUUAUCAAUUCGUCCGACCAAAAUGCACCAGCACGAGCGCUUGGUCCGCGUAUGCUAGUCCAGCUUUUGACAUCAUGAAGUUGCUCCUAUAUCCUCAUAUAAGUCCAAGAAUGUGCCGACCUGUGUGAACAUUUGCACCGAUCAGAUUAAUAUGUCAUUUUCUUCGAAUCCCCCUCCGUCCACGAGUGUGAAGCUGCUCAGCCGACGAAAGUACUUAGGAGCUCCGGACCAUCAUGUCAAUAGCCCUCCUACUUCAUUCAGAAACCCAUGGCCCUCAGCAAAAGCUGCCUCUCCCUCAGUCAUGAGCCUCCUCGCUACGCGAUUUGGCUGGGGGAAUGAGAAGAAGAACUAUGUGCCAGUUCCGUCCACACGUGAUGAGCUGGUCAAGAUCAGAACCCCGAACUGGGGAUUCGAUCAGCAAGACAAACUUCGUGCCACGUGGUUUGGACAUGCCAGCUUUUUGGCUGAGCUACCCGUAGCGGACGGAGCCAAGAGAGGAUUGAGAAUAUUGCUUGACCCUGUGUUUGCUACCCAGAUGGGUCCGUGGGCACGCAUAGGUCCAAAAAGGUUCAGUCCGCUGCCAUGCGCAUUAGAGGAUGUACCAGAUGUCGAUCUUGUUCUAAUAUCGCACAAUCACUACGACCAUUUAGAUGUGGACGCAAUUAGGACGUUGUAUGCACGUAGGACGAAUGCUGUGCACUUCCUCUGUGGUCUGAAUAAUAAAAGCUGGUUCGUGUCAUGUGGAAUACCUGCGGAUCAAGUCACAGAACUCGAUUGGUGGGACGAGAUUGAGGCCACUGUUGAUGGCGUCGGUUCCGCAAAGAUCGUCUGCACACCAGCACAGCACACCUCAGCAAGGACUCCUUCCGACAGAAAUUGCACUCUGUGGUGCUCUUGGGUGGUGCAAAACAUCUCAGAUGGAAACAGGAAAAAUCUGUUUUUCGCAGGCGAUACGGGUUAUCGGUCUAUCACGAAAGAAGAUCUCAAUACUAACGAAAAGUCACUUCCGCGAUGUCCCGCAUUUGAAGAGAUAGGCGAGUUAUACGGACCAUUUGACCUUGCCUUGCUACCAAUCGGGUGUUUUUUGCCAAGGACAUUCAUGUCAUUAGUACAUUGCGCGCCAGAAGACGCAGUUUGCAUACAUCAAGAUAUCAAAAGUAAAAAAUCAAUUGGUAUGCACUACGGUACUAUCCGCGGAGGGAUUAGCGGACAGUAUGAGGAGGUCACGCUUCCACCAAGAAGGUUUGAAGAAAAAGCAAGAGAGGCAGGCUUGAAAUGGGGGGAGGAAAUAGGGUUAUGUGACAUUGGAGAGACUGUCGCAGUUUAAAGUAAAAAGAUUUGUUCGUCCCGACAAUAUUACUGACAAGUUACACAAGCCGUUAAACAUGAGGUUGAUAUGGCUGAUGGUCUAAAUUCCUCCAUAAGCCAAAUCGCUAAGGAAGUGGUUGACAUUCCUUCCGGUGGUACUCUUAUUUCGCUCUACUAUGACCUUAGGUAGAUCCUAAGACUAAACUGAUCGCUUUUUCAAGACUAGGUGAGGCCACUUUACAUGUUAUUUACCC